GUAAUUUCUACGGCGAGUGCGCAAGCUCCUUGCAUUUCAAAACGAGUUUUCUAGAAAAACCAGUGUCAUAAAACCAAGAAGCACACCGGCGCUCAGGUACAUAUCUACGGCCGUAACGCAGUUUUAGAUAUAAUACAAAUUAUUGGCUUAGUUGGUUUAGCUAACGUUAAUGUUUUGGUUAGCGAUUAAUUGGUUUUAUUUGUCAGUAAAAAAUACAUACACAGAAGCUACACAGAUUGCCAGCUAGGUUUAUAUUACCAACGUUAGCCUGUGGCUAGUUGUGUAACUAACGCCAGCUAACGUAGCUCGUCGUCACGUUUCUUCCUUUUUGGUUAUAGGCAUUUGUAUUUCAUUUUGCUAGCUUGCUAGUUAGCUGACGUUAGCCAGCUUUAGGGAAUCAAUUGAACAGCUUGUUUGGUAGUAGCUAGCAAAUAACUUUAGCGAACACAUUAACUAGCCACCACUGUCAUCAUGGCGAAAUGGGGAGAAGGGGAUCCACGCUGGAUCGUGGAGGAGAGAGCCGAUGCAACAAACGUCAAUAACUGGCAUUGGACCGAACGUGAUGUGACAGGCUGGUCGACAGACAAGCUGAAGGAGCUCCUAUUGGGGUUGCGUGUGGAGGGCCUAGAGGGGAGCUGCGAGGUCACUGACGUCCCCACGCUGGACGGUGAGGCGUCCAUCAACAACCGCAAGGGGAAGCUCAUCUACUUCUACGAGUGGAACGUCAAGGCGACGUGGACUGGAACUACAAAAACCGGAAUCAAGUACAAAGGGAAUAUCGAAGUUCCCAACCUAUCCGAUGAAAAUGACAUGGACGACCUAGAUAUCAGUGUGUCACUUUGUAAGGACGAGCCCAACACAACCCUCACCGAACUCAUGAAGAAGGAGGGAGCAAAGAAAGUGCGAGCUGCCCUGGGGAGCUAUGUGGACCACCUCAAAUCCGAGUUCACUCAGGGCAUGAUCCUCCCAACGGCGAAUGGGGUGGCGAGCAAACCACAGCCGGCGCAGACUCAGACAAAGGUCAAAGUGGACAAAACCCAGAUUGGCUCCUCUGUAUCGACCCCCUCUCCUAGCACAGGGGUCAAGAUCCCCACCUGCAAGUUUAGUCUCAAGGAGACCUUCCUCACCUCACCUGACGAGCUGUACAGAACCUUCAUCAACCAGGAUAUGGUCCAGGCGUUCACCCAUACUGCAGCUGUGGUCGACGGAGACAAAGGAGGGAAGUUUCAGCUGCUAGAGGGGAGCGUCAACGGAGAGUUUAUGGAGCUGGUCCCAGAUGAAAAGAUUGUUAUGAAAUGGAGGUUCAAGACUUGGCCGUGUGAGCACUAUGCGACUAUUACCCUGAACAUGAAGGAUCGAGGCAACGAGACUGAGCUGAAGGUGGAAUGUAAAGGAGUCCCGACGGGAGAGGAGGAUAGGACGAAGGAGGGUUGGAAGAGAUACUACUUUGAAGCCAUCAAACAGACUUUUGGAUUCGGGGCCCGACUCUACUGAGAUCGACUCAUCUGAAUAAUGUUUAAAAAAAACUGAAAAAAACCCCCCUGAUUAUUUAAUGUGGAUGAAUACUCUCUUUAGCCCAGUCUCUCUUGUAGCACCAGCCCUACAUCGUGCGUAGACAAACGGUGCCUUUUCCACUUGAAAGACUGGCAGUCCGUAUAAGGGUCAUUGGUUCAAGGCUUUCUUUGAUGUCUGUACUUACCUUACUGAGUUUAUAGGCAAAAUGAGAUGUAGAAAAAAUCCCUCGAAUGACAGUAUAUUUGGAAUUAACUAUUAGCAUUCUCAAUCUCCAAUUCUGCACAUUUGAAGUGUGUCAUACUGAAAUAAAUGAAAUUUUUACUGAA